AUGGAGGCAUUUAAAGUAGCAAGUGAAGGAGUUGGUAUGCAACUUGAGUUCAUAUGGAAGAAUAUCAGAGAACCUUUGAUAGUGCCAAUGUUGAGAUGGACAGUGUAUUUGUGCUUAGGUUUGUCAUUGAUAAUGUUGGUUGAAAAAGUAUACAUGGCAAUUGUCAUUUGUUAUGUGAAGUUGUUUAAGAGAACACCAGAGAAGUGUUAUAAAUUUAAGGCUAUUGAGGAUGAUGUUGAGUUGGGAAACUCUAAUUAUCCCAUGGUUCUUGUUCAAGUUCCAAUGUACAAUGAAAGAGAGGUUUAUCAGCUAUCAAUUGGUGCUGCAUGUGAACUCUCUUGGCCUUCUGAUAGAAUCAUCAUACAAAUUCUUGAUGAUUCCACUGACCCAACCAUCAAGGUGAUUGUAACAAGUGAACCAAAAAAAAUGCAGGAGUUAGUACAGGAAGAAUGCCGUAGAUGGCGAAACAAAGGUGUGAACAUAAAGUAUGAAGUUAGGGACAACAGAAAUGGGUACAAAGCUGGUGCUCUAAAGGAGGGAAUGAAACAUAGUCAUGUCCUACAAUGUGAAUAUGUUGCCAUCUUUGAUGCUGAUUUUCAACCUGAACCUGAUUUUCUCCUCCGAACCAUCCCUUUUCUUGUCAAUAAUCCUGAGAUUGGUCUCGUUCAAGCUCGCUGGAAGUUUGUGAAUGCAAAUGAAUGUUUAAUGACGAGGAUGCAACAAAUGUCACUUGAUUACCAUUUUAAGGUGGAACAAGAAGUAGGGUCUUCCACUUAUGCCUUCUUUGGCUUCAAUGGGACUGCUGGUGUAUGGAGAAUUUCGGCGUUGAAUGAAGCGGGUGGAUGGAAAGAUAGAACCACCGUCGAAGACAUGGAUUUGGCUGUACGUGCUAGUCUCAAAGGAUGGAAAUUCCUAUAUCUCUCCAAUUUACAGGUUCCAUUUUCUUAA